CUUAGUUCUAUCCAACUUGCUACUAUGGCAGAUGACUGCCUUCGUUUCGUAUAUUCCAAUGACCUCGAUGGUCUAGUGUCGUGGUUGAAAUCAGGUAGCACAGAGCGUUGGGACUUGCUCUAUAAAUCAUUGCGCAACUCAAUUCAUCGUCACGAUGUAGCUGCUUUCGUAUGUGAGAACUAUGGUCUAGUUGGUAGCGGCAUUAUCAGGAGGCCUCGCAAGAUAUUUGGCGAUGAGAGUCUGGACACUGUUGCUGCUGGUCUGGGUUCGGGAUCUAUCUACACUUCCGAUAGCUCGCGUGCUGAUCUAGAUAUGGAGGAGCGUAUAUCCAUUGAUGGCUAUAGUCCUGGUAUCUAUAUCGAUUUACUAGGUGACGCAAUUCCCAAAGUUGAAGCUGCAUUGGCCUUUGUUGCUAUAGUGGAGUCACUUAGGAAUCGCCCUUGUGAUAUUGACCGAUUGUUGCCACUACUCGCUACUACAGUAGAACGAUCUGACGAUUGUGCCCAAAGGAUAACCACUUCUAUGGCGGCAAUCUUACAGGUAUAUCAUCUAGUGGAGGACGUUUCUCCCAUUUUGGAAUUUUCACGUCGGAUGUGGUCCAUGGAUAUACAGGAAUCGCACAAUGUAUCUAAGAUGAGUUUAAUCUCAGGUUUAUUAAGGAUACACACUGGUAUAUACCAGGGUAACACUGUUUUCACUGAUUCCAAUACUCCCAUUUCCGUUGCCAACAUGCUAUGUUGUUGGCGUAGCGAUAUAUACUCCUGGUCUUCACACAUGUACAUUUACAAUGAUUCAAGUAGAUCAAAUCAUCUUGACACUACAUCUUUGGAUGACGCUUUGUGUUGCUAUCGCUUGUUUACCUCUGACCACAGUCUUGUACCCCGUGUUUACUCAAUACCAUGUAUCAUAUCUAUCUAUUUAAAGGUUGCUCACGUCCUUGCUGCUAGUCCCCGCAAUCACAACGUCGAUACACACACUAUGGCAUGGGAUUUGGCUGAAAUGUCAGUUUCUUUGAUACAAUCGGGGGUGGGUGUCCAACCUUCUAUACCGCUGUCUGCUGAAUUCAUUUUUGCCUUGUUAAAUUGUCAUGCUGCAUUACAACAUGAGCGUGUGUUGUAUAUCCUGGAUAUGCUGAUUGCUACAAUUGUUGAUGAUGAUGCUUUGGUGACCUUUUUCGCUCGUAUUACUCCUGGCUGUGACAGCGACACAUCGUUGUCCUUGUGUCUAUCUAUAUUCCACUCCAGAUUAAUGCACAGGUCAGAUGAUGUUACAGUUGGUACUAUAUCAGUUUUAAAGCGGGUAUAUGAGCGCAUUGUCAAUUCCGUUCAUGACUUUGGUUCUAGCAAAUCAAUUUUAACUUCAUGGUUGGAUGAGCUCCGUUUGGCGGUAAUUCCUGGUUCUCAGUGCCACAAGCUUCUUCAGGACAUUCGCCAUGUUUGCUAGGGUGCCA